AUGGCAGACGGUAACGCAAGCAGGGUGACCGGCUUCCUCCUGAUGGGACUGUUGGACUGGCCGGAGGUGCGAUUCGUGGCCUUCGAUAUCAUCUACUCGGCCACGCUCCUGCCCAACGAUGCCCUCCUCCUCUCCCUCCGCGCCGACCACCGUCUCCACACAUCCAUGUACUUCUUCCUCGCCAACCUGUCGUUGCUGGACAUCACUCGCCCCACAGCCGCGGUGCCCGAGAUACUGUGGGACCUCGCCACCAGAGGCCGGCGAUCUCGUUGGCCGGGUGCUCCCUUCAGCUCUAUUUCUUGGUGUUCCCAGAGGGGAUGGAUGUCUUCCUCCUGGCGGUCACGGCCUCUGACCGACGCAUGGCCGUCCUCUGCCCUCUCCGCUACGCUGUUCUCAUGGACGGGAAGGUGUGCGUCGCGCUGGCCGUCCUGCUUCCCCAACUCCGCCCUGCACGCAUCCUUCACCUUCAAGCUGAUCUUCGGCUGCUCUGACCGGGUGGACCAGUACUACUGCGAUGUCCCUCUGGUGACGGUCCUGUCCCGCUCUGGGGAUGGGCGGGAUCGCAGCCUUCUCCAUCACUUUAGGCUCAAACGUCCUCGUCUCGGCUGCCAUCUUGAAGAGCCGCUCGUCGAGGGGAAGAGCCGGGCCUGGUCCACCUUCACCUCCUGCCUGCUGGCCCUCGGCCUCUUCUACAGCCCCGCCAUCUUCACCUACAUCAGGCCGUCUUCCGGUCACUCUUCCAGAAGCGACGGGCUCGUGGGCAUGCUGUAUGGCGUCCUCAACCCCCUCAUCGACAGCCUGAGAAACGAGGAGGUCCUGAGGGAGUUGUUGAGGGAGACGUUAGGCCCGCUGGGAUCUCUUCGGCACCCAUAG